AUGGCGCCCUCGCCGUCGCCCGGCCCCAAACCCCCCCCCACCGCCGCCCAGGGGCCCUCGCCUUCGCCCGGCCCCAAACCCCCCCCCACUGCCGCCGCCCGGCAGCCCUCGCCGUCGUGCAGCCACAAACCCGCCGCCGCCCAAACGUCGCCGGCGGGAAUCCCCUCCAAGUACCUGGCUCUGGACUGCGAGAUGGUGGGCACGGGCCCCAAGGGGAGCAUCAGCCACCUGGGCCGCUGCAGCCUGGUGUCCUACGAGGGAGACGUGGUGUACGACAAGUUCAUCAAACCCACGGUGCCCGUCACCGACUACCGCACCCGGUGGAGCGGCAUCCGGCGCUGCGACCUCGUCAACGCCACGCCGUACGCGGAGGCCCGGAGGGAGAUCCUGCGGCUGCUCAUGGGCAAGGUGGUGAUCGGCCACGCCAUCCACAACGACUUCAAGGUGCUCGGCUACUCGCACCCCGCCGCCCUGACCAGAGACACCUCUCGGAUCCCGCCGCUCAACCUGAGGGCCGGCUUCGCCGUGGCCGAGUGCGCCUCGCUGAAGAGGCUCACCAAGGCCAUCCUCAACCGGGACAUCCAGACCGGGAAGAAGGGCCACUCUUCUGUGGAGGAUGCCAAAGCCACCAUGGAGCUCUACAGAGUGGUGGAGGCGGAGUGGGAGAGGAAGCUGGCCUCCAGGUCUCAGGCCUGCUAGGGCCACAAAUAAACUGUUCACGUCGA